AUGAAUAAAGAAGGUCCUGGUUUCUUAUAUAAAGUAUAUUCUAUUUUAGAGGUAUAUUUUAUUCAAUUUAAUCUAGCAUUCAGAUUAUGAUGAUAUCGUAAGUUGGAACGAUAAUGGAGAUGGAUUUCAAGUUAAAGACAUUAAUAUAUUUCAGAAUAAUAUAUUGCCCAAUUACUUUAAGCAUUCUAAUUUUGCCUCAUUUGUUAGAUAGGUAAUACAUACAUUUAAGUAUAAAAGUUGAAUAUGUAUGAUUUUCAUAAAACAGAAAAGAAUUCCUUUAAACAUAAAUUGUUUAGAAGAAAUUAAAAGUAAAAUAUUAUAAAGACAAGAAAGAGACUUGCUUCCAUAAAUUAAAAGAAAAGUUAAUGAUUAAAUUAUCAUACUUCCAAAUAUUGAACAAAUUAAUCAAGAAUUGUCUAUGUUAAUCUUGAGAAAUUAAGAGUUAGAAUCUGUGUUUACAUAUUUAAUUCAAAAAAGUGACCAAUUAAAAAAAGAGAAUGCCUUUUUAUGGUAAGAAUUAUGUAAGAUAAAGUAACACUUAUUCAGAUUUACUUAUCUAGAUAAAAAAACGAUCAUUAAUAAGAAAAAUUGUUCGAUUGGCUUUCCAAUAAUAUCAGUGCGGAGUCUCUAUUCAAAAUUUUAGAAAAAAGUAUUACAAAAAGAGAUCUCAUUAAAUUGGUUUCUAGACUCUUCAGACAAGAUCAAUAAAAUAAAAAAAUCAAAAAAGACUUUAUCAUUUGAUUUAUCUUAU